AUGCUUCUGGCGGAGAACCCAAACUUGAUUACUCUUAUGUAUCCCUAUUCAACCUCAUUUGGGCCGCACGCCUCUGAAACCACUGAUUCUGCUUUAUCCCACACCGCACCGCCCCAGCAGGUUCCCCCUCCUGUUACUGCUACCUUAAUUUAUGCCCAACCGACCUCACCACUGGCACUCCCUCAGCGCAGUGGUGUCACUCACUUUACCCAACACCUUUACAAUACACCACAGAAGUCUACGACACCACGAAGUUUCCUUGCAACGAACGGCAGCCCAGAUCUUAUGUCAGUAUCGAUGCAGGCCUCAUCCAACACCUUUCAAGGGUGGCCCCCGCCGGUUAAUGCGAAUAACAACAGCAACGGAAGUAGCAACAAUUCUGGUUCUCGGUUUCCCCAACCGCCUCGUCGAGGUCCGUCCUCAUUAGCGGCUCAGCCAGUCGGCCUAAAGACGGACUUCUCCUCUGCCAUCGCUCCUCCUCAACCAUCCCAUCUCUUCCGUCCACAUCCCCACCUGGCUGGUGUCAACCCUUGUCCUGGAGCCCCAAACGCAAAUUUGAACGGUGUAGAUACAACCUCUUUUGCACACAUAGACCCCUCAAAGGGCUACGGGUGGAGACGCAGUCAGUCGACCAACUGGAAGGAGAGGCCGCAUGUUGGGAAGUACAGUCUCAUUCGUACGAUAGGAAAGGGAAAUUUUGCCAAGGUCAAACUAGCGCAGCAUGUCACGACUGGGAUGGAGGUACGUUGUUGUUUGUAUUUACUAGCUCCAGGUGACUUGUAG